AUGAUGAUGGCCCAGCAGCCGUUCCCUGCCCCUCAAGGCAUCCCACAGCACCCCGGCCUGCCUCCGCAUCCAAUGGGUCCUGGCCAUCAUCCAAAUGCUGCACCUCCCGGAGGAAUGGUUCAGCAAAUGCAUCCUGGCGUGUCUGCGCCAGGAGGGCCCCAUGUCAGCCAGGCAGGCCCCAUGCUAGGAAUGCCCCCGGGAGCUGGAACUACUGGUCCUGGUGGCCCUAUGGCAAACGCGCAUGCCCUUUCGCAUUUGGGUCCAGCGCAAGCCCAUCUGUUCCAACAGCCGCAGUUCGCGCAGACCUUUGCCAACAAUCCCCAGCUUCUCCAACAACACCAACAGCAACAAUUCCUUAAGCAACGUAUGAUGUUCCAACAACAAGCGGCUCAGCAGCAUGGUAUUCCUGUUUCAUUGCCCAAUGGCGGUCAAGGGUUGAAUGCAGCGCAGAUUGCCAUGCAGGCUAACCCGGGUAUGCGGCCGAUGAUGCACCUUCAACAAAUGCCCCAUGGACAGGCGCAGAGUAUUCAACAGCAGCACCAACAGCAACAGCAGCUUUUUGCUAUGCAGCAGGCUCAGGCUCAGGCGCAACAGGCGCAACAGGCACAUCAGGCACAGCAAGUGCAACCUGUACCGCAAGUACAACCUGUUCAGCAGCCCAAUGCUGCAGGCCAACCGGGCCAGCACACUCCGCAGCAACGUGCGGCAGUACAGUCCCAAAAUGUACAUGAGUCUCAUAGCGUAACCCCGCAACCUCAACCUGGACCGCCGCCGCAAGGGGGAAAUACACCGCAACAGCAGUCAAACCAGUCACAGCAACCACCUUCGUCCCAGCCUCAGCAACAGCAAGUUGGCACCCCUCAACCGCACCUGACCCCCAACUUGCAACAGCCGCACCUUCCACAAGCUCCGCAAGCCGCCCAACAACAACAACAACAACAUCAUCAUCAUCAUCAGCAGCACCAGCACCAGCAGCCGCAGUCGCAACCACAACAGCCACAGUUACUACAGGGUCAACCUCAACCUCAGUCCCAACAACCCCAGCACCAAGGUCAACAGCAGAAUCAGCAGCACCAACAACAAAUGAGCACUCAGGAAGCUCAAAUGAGAGUCCAGCAACACCAAAAUCCUGCUGCUUUGAUGAUGCAACAGAGAAUGGCUAUGAAGGGAGCGUCGAUUUUGUGUCUCAAUGCCUACGCAGAACAUCUAGGCAAUUUUAUUAGCCGAGGGGAAGCUGAGGAUCUAUCUUAUUGGAACUCUUUCGUCGAAAAAUUUUAUUCUCCCAAUGGUGUUUUACGGCAAGGCGUAUACAAUCACCAAUCCGGCUCGAAACAAUUUGAAAUAUCGACACCGGCUCUGGCACGGUACUAUUUAACCCAAUUUACCAGCGGCAUCCGGCGUAUCCAGAUGAUUGUAGAGGGAGCACGAGAGAGAGAUUCACUCAAUGGUGGCCACAUUGUGGAAAGCGGAAGAACAUCUUUCGUCUAUUGGUUUACAAAUAAUUGCCAUCUUUUCUCCAAGGGGACAUUACGAGCCUAUUUUGAUACAAGCAACAAAAUCGAAAUGCUUGACGUCGUUGUCAUGGAGCACAAUGAAUAUAUUCCCAGAAACAUGUUACAGGCAGCAGAAAGCGCCGACCAGAAGCAGAGCCCUAAGGUGGUCAAGGGUACGGGAAAACGAGCUCAGCAGAAGCUACAACAAAACCCGCCCUCUAUAUCUGUACCUGAAUCUAUGGUGACAGCCGAUGGCGUUCCCACAGCAGUUAUGGGUUUCCUGGAGGUGACCGAGACGAUCUCACAGAUGCAGAUGCUGUUUCAAUAUUCGCAACAGCAUCCCCAACUAUCACCCCCAGAAGCACUACGACACCUUGUCAACGCCCUCCAAACGCAAGGUCCCAAUAUCGGAUUCGUACCGAGCCCUAUGAAUCCAGCUAUGCAAAUGCAAAACCAGAUGCCGCGAGGACCCAAUAUGAAUGGCCCCCCUCAAUUUGGUUCUCCUGCUGUAGCUCAUCUGGGCCUGCCCGGCGUACAAGGGUCGCCCCAUAUCGGUGGCUCGGCACACGCUAGUCCAGCCCCAGGUCAUCUCGCUGCCCCAAUUAUGGUCCAACAAAACCCGUCGAAUGUGACUGGGACUCAGGGUGCAAACCCAGCUACGAGUCCUCAUGUCACCACUAAUAAACGGCGUCGCGCUAGUACUAUUAAGAUGGAAGGCGACGAGGGCAACGGUAAUGCAGAGAUGAAUGGAGCCGCACCCAAAGUUAAGGCUAGCCCUAGAACGGGCGGUAAAAGACAAAAGGGCACCGCUUGA